ACACGCGUACAACGGCGAACCGUUGCAAACGACACAGCAUUCGUUUGGGUAAACAAGUGAGAAAAUAGUAAUAAUAAGUGCUUUAGGUACGGAAAAAUAAAGACGUUUCAGCAACAGCCAUAUGAGAGAGACGCAAGCGUGUCGAAAGCAGCAAUAAAAGUGCGGGAGAACGGCGCUUAAGAUUCAUUAAGACAUCUGUGUAGGAAAAGCGUACUUUUUCAAACGCGUAUUCCAGAAACUAUCAAAUCACUACACACAAACGCACACACACAGAAAGCAUAAACAAAGCGCUGUGGGUAUUGGCGAGCAGUGUUAGCAUUGCUUUAAGCGCAGAUUAAAUUAGCUAAUUUCGCGUAAAUUGCAUUGAAAUAAAAGCAGACAAUUCUAAGAUAAGCUUUUAACGCGCAGUUGAACUACUUCAGUUGCAUCGAGUGAGACUGACUUGAAAAGCGGAGAAGCCUGGCGUGUUGGGGCGGCCAUAAGCAACGCGACGCAGUAACUGCACUGGGAGCUUUUCCAACCAGCAGCGAAAAGAAUAAAAACAAACAAGGCAGAGGGACAAAGAAAUUGAUAAAUAUUGCAACACAAAUAACUACAAAUAAAAAAGCAACCACACACGCCACUGCUCAUACACACACCUAGAAGCAACGCUUAACCCACCAACUAUCACAAAGCGAAAAAGCGAGCAUUUAAAGAAUUGAGUGACAGUCGCAUAUGAACCAGUGGCACUGAGCGCUGACAAUGACAAUAUCCGAAACAGCGGAAACGGAUAUCAAUGCACUGAAAACCAGCGCGUGAAUGCCAAAACUGACAGCAGUGACGAGCGCCAGUUUGCAAUCCUUGCGCCCGCACCUCUCGCCCCACUUAACCCUUCACAACGCGACAGCGGAGAUGGCCGGCAGCGCGCGCGCGUCCAAUUUCAAUGGUCAGAGCGCAAGCAAUAAAUUAUUGCGCGCUUUAAUCGACGACAACAACAACCGCAUCGAAGCUGACGAUAACCAUAACACAAGCAUAUCGAACAAUUUGAGCGCAACCAUCACCUCGGCGGGUUCAAAUGCGACGCGCGUUUUGUACACAUACUUUCAGAACAUCACCGACCCGCAAUCCUACACGGCCAUGUCCAAUACGACUACGACAACAACAGCGGCAGCUGCCAGUGGGAGCGUCAUCGAUAGCGCAACAACAGAAAGGCUACACAGUCUCGUCAGCAAUGCCAGUGAACCACAAAUUGGCAGCAACGAUCUGGCGGCGACAGCGCGAAGUGUGGGCGCCACGCUGCUCAGCACCGCCAAAACAUUUCUGCAAGCGCCUAUUAGCGCGUCCGCGAAUGCCACGCGCACAGCAACUGCAUUGGCGAAUGCAACCGCGUCAAUUUCAGCCUCCGCCGCGACCUAUGCCACCGAACUGCUGAACUCGACACUGUCGCGUACGCUGACAACGAGCGGGAGUGACGCUAGCUCGGCGCCCAGCACCAUCGUUUUGACCACCUCGCCCAACGUCACUUACCUGCCGCAUCAGGUCGCCAUACGCAGCUUCGAGGACUGCGCUGCGCUCUUCGCCAAUUACACGCAGCCGCAGAAUGGUGUUUUCUGCAACUGGACCUGGGACCUGUUCCUCUGCUGGCCACCGACGCCGGCUGGCGUGUUGGCGCGCAUGCAUUGUCCGCCCGUCGGACACGGCAUUGACACAACAAAGUUCGCGAACCGCAAAUGCGAGCUGGACGGUAGCUGGGGCCGCCGUCCGAAUGACACGCAGAACAACACGAACGGCUGGACGGACUAUCAGCCUUGCUUCAAGCCGGAAGUGAACGACAUGCUGCAGCGUGUGGAUGAUAUUGAUGUCUUCUUGGACAUCGCACGGCGCACGCGCACGCUGGAGAUUGUUGGACUCAUAUUGUCGCUGAUCGCGCUGAUACUCUCGCUCAUUAUAUUCUGCAAAUUCUCUUCGCUACGAAAUAAUCGCACGAAAAUUCACAAGAAUCUCUUCAUCGCAAUGGUCUGUCAAGUUAUUAUACGACUGACACUGUAUCUCGAUCAGGCGUUUCGGCGUGGCAGUCAACCGGCCACGUCGAAUACGAGCACAGCGGGAAUUGAAAACACGCCCUACCUCUGCGAGGCUUCCUACGUGCUCCUAGAGUACGCUCGCACCGCCAUGUUCAUGUGGAUGUUCAUCGAGGGUCUGUACCUGCACAAUAUGGUGACGGUAGCCGUGUUUCAAGGUCGGUUUCCGCAUAAGAUCUUCUCGCUACUCGGCUGGGGUCUGCCCGUACUGAUGACCACUGUCUGGGCCAUAUGUACAGCGAUGUAUACGGACAGCGCACAUGACUGUCUAUGGAACUACAAUUUGACGCCGUACUAUUGGAUACUGGAAGGACCCCGUUUUAUUGUCAUAUCGCUCAACUUCUUCUUCCUUAUGAACAUCAUACGCGUGCUGGUGAUGAAAUUGCGCCAGAGUCAAGCCAGCGAUAUCGAACAGACGCGCAAAGCAGUACGCGCCGCCAUUGUCCUGCUGCCGCUGUUGGGCAUCACAAAUCUACUGUACCAAGUACCUGCAUUGAACCUGAAGCCACCAUGGAAAUUUGCCAUGUGGUCCUACGUGACGCAUUUCUUAACCUCAUUUCAGGGAUUUUUCAUUGCCUUGAUAUAUUGCUUCCUAAAUGGUGAGGUGCGCACCGUUCUACUGAAAAGCCUCGCCGUCUACAUGUCCGUACGCGGCCACCCCGAAUGGGUGCCCAAACGUGCCUCUAUGUUCUCCGGCGCUUAUAACACUGCACCCGACACCGAGGGCCAAGGCGGUGGCACUCCGCAGGAUGGCAAAAGAAACGAUCAAUCGCCCACCACACGCCGCCUGAAUGGUCGCCGCUACAGCGCCGCCAACACCGUGCACAUACCGGCGCGACGUCUCUCCAGCGGCAGCACCUACCGCCAGCAGCGACGCGUCAGCAAUCACAAUAACAACAACAACAUUGGCAUCCAUGCCACACGCGCUCAGAGCAACACUGGCAGCGGCAGCAGCAACAGCACCGGCGGCAGCUGGCUUUUGACGCUGUGCUUUGGCGGUCAAAAGGUACUAAGAGUACCGCCAGCGUCAACCGUACCACCCGAGUCAGUUGUAUUUGAGUUGUCAGAGCAGUAGUUGUACCGUCUUACGCCUUAAGCCCUCCCCCCACCACCACCAACAACAACACCUCUCUCACUUGUAUAGCAAUGAAUUGUGCAACCGCAACUAUGAAAUAUUUAGUCGUAAACAUGCAAAUACUUAGUAGCUUUUAAGUAUUUCAUGCUUAGCCAAACGCUUUUGCGCCUGAAAUGCUGUGACGAAUGCCAAUUACCCUUUGCAAGCCCUUCACCACGCCGCUUGCCUCCCCAACCUUAACACCAAUGUAUUAUAGCUCAAUAUAUUUACCCACACAUGAAUGUAGCUCCACCCCCGCUACCCAGCACUACACAACUCAUUACUAUUAAGGCGAAUCGCACUCAAAUUCGUACCGUUUAGUUUUUGUGAAUUUUGUAUAAAGUACUGAUUCGGCAGCACGAAAACGCUAACAGAGUUACCAACAUAUCUUAAACGCAAACAAAUUUAGGCGCCUAUAAAGAAAUUAAAAAAAUAUACAUACUACGUUAUAUAUAAAAWUAUACAACAUUGAACAAAAUUUUGAA